UUUCAGAAUCCUUAUGCUACCUAUCAUCAACCCUCCUGCUCAAGAUCAAUCAGACUCCACUUCUCACAAUUCUGCCAACUACUUGUCACUGACCACUAAUAAUUCCAACUAUAUUAAUCGGAAUAGUGAAUCUUCUCCACAAUACACAGGAACCAGAAACUCGUCCCUUUCAAUUAACUAUCCGGAAUCAAAAGAAAGAUGUAAUAAUGAUCUGCUGAUUCCUUGUCAUCUAAUGCCACCCCGGGAUCCAUACGCUUCCCGACUUUCAACGUCAUCUGCUUGGAGUAGCAUUCGGCUCUCGGUACUUUCAUUAUCCAGGGUGUUCUUCCUUAAACCCUGUUCAAAGCACAAAUGCUGCCUUGGAUGUAUAUCUCUCCGUGAUGCGAUCCCUCUGAUUUGCACGGUGGAAAUUUUCGCUUUGGUUUUCUGCGCGACGAUUGCUAUCGAUUUCUGGAUAAAUGACGGGAAAACAUUCUACACCGACAAUUUUCAAGGCUAUGGAGCUCAAAUAGCUUUGAGCUACUUUGCGUUUCUCUUUCUGUCAAUUGCAAUAAUUUUGUUCACUCUCUCUAUGUGGAAGAGCAGAAGGAGGAAUUGGUAUUUUAUACAUGUUAUUUGGCAGUGGACCAUCAUUGAGUUCUUCGCAUUUUUCAUCUACAUUAUUAUGACGUGGACAAAACCCCCGAGAGACAGUCAAAACGGAAUACUUAUGCCUAGUGCUUGUGUUCUAAUUGGAGUUACAUUGUUUGCGGCAUUAGUGGAAACUUGGUGGUUGAUAAUUUUUGUAGAUGCAAUGCUUUUUGAAAGAUCAAAUGAUUUGUAUGGAAGUCGGAGGGCUUCCAAUGAAAAUCGAGAGGAUUUGGAAUCGGAAAGUUCAAAUAGCCCAACACCCGUGCGGCCGAGCAUUCAAAUCAAGGAGGUUUAAAUGCGUUGUUUUAGUAAUUUAUUUUAAGUUAUACAUUAAACAGCUUACAUGUAAAUUUCACAUUUUUGGAUUAUAAAAAUCAU